AUGUCGACUCUAAGUACAGAAGCCAUCCGACUGUCCGAAAUUGUAACUAAUGCUGCGGAUAUCGGUAUACAACUUAGUGGCAAAGUUCGACAGCUAGAUAUAGCAAAGAAUCGAGUGCAAAAUGUCGAAGCUCUAAUCGGGAACAUAAUUGCUCUCUGUGAUUGCCUUGAUAAAACGCAAAGUGCCCUGAAGGAGAGCGAUAUAAUUAAUGCUGCCAAAAAUAUCUCUAUCUACCUAAAAAUGGAUGACCGGACGAUAAAAUUGGUUGAAAAUCUCGGAAAAGAAAAUAUUGGUUUGCAAGUUCUACCACAGCUGAGGGAACUUCAUCAAGAAGUAGUCUCGAAAGUAGAAGCAUCUUUUGAAAAUUUUGUUGCUGUUGACGAUGCAAAAUCAAUUGAAGAGCUUUUUGAAAUUUUCCCGAUUAUUCACGAACAUGAUAUGGGUCUCACGAAGUAUGGGACCUACCUAGCUUCCAAGAUCGGUGAAAAAGCGGCAAACCAGCUUGCUCUAGCUGUUACUGGAGAUUCACUUCACGAAUCAAAUGUCCACGUAGACCUAAUGACUCAGCUCUUGGAGUUGGUUGCUCAAGCUAUCCAGGCGAAUGAGACCGUUAUACAACAAAGUUAUGAUCCCGAUAGUUUAUUGAAGUUUAUCCAGAUUGUCCAGGGUCAAUGCGAUCACCACGCCGAGCUGAUCUUCUUUAGCUUCAAGGAGAAACGCAAUUUAGAGGCUCUUCUCCAGAGAGCUCGACACGAACUCCUGGUGACUAAUCGAUCGUCAAUUUCGGCUACCUCAAACGGUCACAGUAAAGAGCAAUCACUUUGCGAAUAUUGCCUCUCUACUGAGUCAGUUAUAUCCGCUGCGGUUUUGUUUAACGCCAGAAUCGAGUUGUAUUUGAGCUUUCUUCGGCGCAGAUUAUUGGUUAGUUGA